CCAAAAGUAGUUUCUCGUCAUCUGACCCGGAGCAGCAGAGACAAAAAAGAAUCCAAUUCACUAAAAUAACCGCUUAUCCUAUUUUUCAGUCCUUUGUCUAGCUAGAGGGGUGAUUUUUUAAUGGAAUAUACACCCAAGUUCAAACAAAUUCCCCAAAUUCUAAAUUUAACUCGGUCGCACUUUCGUGACUAACUAAUUCUGUUAAAAUGACAGUGACGUAUGCUUUGUAUUAUUAAAAUGAUUUUAAAAAGACCUUUUCAUUAAGAAAUUUUAAAUCUUUUUUCAGCUUUUAAUAAAUGAAGUCUUUUCAUUGCCAGAAAAAUGACCAUCCGUCAGUUCAAAAAAGAUCCGCCCCUUAAAUACUUUAAUGUUGAACUUCUACGUUUGACUUAUGUUUUAUAGAAGAAUUAUAUUUGAUUUUCGAUUUUUAUUGAAUAGGAUCACGAGAAUCAGAGAAAGUUAAGACCAGUUUCAAAGUGCCAGUCUUGAAUAUUUUGGCGAAAACAAUAAAUAUUGAUUAGAGCCUGCUUCAAAAUCUCGUGCCUCGCUCCAGCUUUAUUUUGCAAAUAAAUUGCUAGAGCGUUUGGUUUGUUCUUGAGCUAUAAUGCCAGAUUCAACCACCCAGAUUCAACCACCCUCUUUUAUUGAUCGGGGGCUUUAAUUUGGCCAAGAUUGAAACCUAAUCCCCAGCUAUUGGCUCAGGUGAAAUUGGGCUGUUUCGUUUAAUAUUUCGAAAUUCAAACUUCAGUAUAGUUCACUGGCACAGCGAGCUUGAAUGUCGCUCGAAGUCUGGCCGACCCUAUUGUAAAUUGGUUACAUUGUCCUGUUUUAAAUUGCCCCUUCUUUAGAAACCCCGGAGAGCAACUUUGAAAUUACCUUUACCUAAGGAAGCGUGUGAUUUGAAAACUUACCUGAAUCUAAAUACGAAGUUAUUUAAAAUCUUAGAUUUGGAAAAUGUUGAUUUUGGCCUCUUCUAAUUAUCAAUAGAAAUACCCCAUCAGUAAUUUCAUUUAUUUCACUGAUUUCGUUGGAUUUGAAAAUUUAGAAAAAAAUUCUUACAGAAAAGUCAGUUCAACGAUGCAUUGGAUGUUUGUGCCCUGCUGUUCGUGUCUGUUCGGCUUAGUGCUCUCUCUGCUGACUGCAUCGUGCAGAGGAACAGUGAUAGGGGUGUGCAACUGCUCCAUUGGACAAUUCGAUGUACUCUGCGGCAGCACAAUGCAAGAACCAACGGGCGAAAAACUGUUCACAGACUUCGAGUCACUUCACAAGGUAGAUUUGGGAAACAACAGUGGCCAUUUCCUCUUCUCAAUGUCCAGGUGCGCCCUUGACAUCAUCUCUGGAACCCCCUUCAUCAAGUUCCCCUAUUUGAUGCGGGUGCAGAUCUCCGAAAACAACAUCACUAAACUAGACUCCUCCAUAUUCGCAAACCUAGAAGGUCUGGACUUGCUAAACAUCCAGCGCAACUACAUCGAAGAAAUGGACCCAGGAACAUUCAAUGGACUCAACAUGUUGCAAACUCUGGAUAUAUCUGACAACUAUUUGAGUGAAGUCCCUGAGAAGCUGUUUGCAAACAAGCCAAUGUUGCUCAAACUGGUUAUGAGCAACAACAAAAUCAAACGCCUCAGUAAAAAUAUAUUUUCAGGUGCACCGAAUUUGGUUGAACUGGAUUUGAGCUGGAACAAACUUGAGUCCUUUCCCGAAAAUUUCUUUACCUCAGUCAAGAAUUUACAGGCGCUGAAUUGCGCCAACAACGAAAUCAAAAUUUUCCCUCAAUCUCUCAGCAAGCUGGAGUUUCUUAUGCACCUCGACAUGAGCGAGAAUCACAUUAAAAGAGUGCCUCCGAGAAUUUUCGCGAACAUGAAAGACUUGAAUUACAUCGAUUUGAGUGGCAAUGAUUUGGAGGAAGUUGGAAGCGGUGUCUUUGUAGGACCUGGAGGAACGAUUAAAAGUUUGAUUUUGGCAGGAAACAAAAUCAGGACUUUUCCGAAAAGUGCACUGCAGUCGUUGAAAUGGAUUCGGAAAUUGGACUUGUCAAACAACUCGAUUCGCUUCCUGCCAGCACUGUGCUUGGGGUCAAUCAAGGGCAUCGAUACCAUGGAUCUCUCUUUCAACCAGAUAGAGGACAUUGACCCCUCAGCCUUCAAGGAGAUACCAGAAGAUAGUGCACUUUCGCUCGACCUCAGUCAUAAUUCUAUUUCUUAUUUAACAGUUGUCAUGUUCGAUGAGCUCGAUAACUUCAGAGUCAACUUGGCCGAAAACAAAAUCAGAUGCAAUUGUGCGAUGGAGAGAUUCUACGAAUGGGCGAGCCAACAAGACGAAUCCAAAGGCUUCUCAUCUGUCAUGUGUCUCAACCCAGUCGGCGUCAGAGGCAUUCGGCUAACUGACCUUCGGUCUAAAGACAGUCUUGUGUGUGCUGCGCCUGAAAUCGUGCCCACCACUUCUGAAGUGCAAGCGCAGAAGGGUCACCAAGCCUACUUGCCUUGCUACAACACAGCUGAGCCUCUCGCUCAAACCAGUUGGUCUUUCAAGGGAAACAAAGUUGAAAAUAACUCCAAGACUUCAAUUCUGGAAGCGGGUUCGCUCGUCAUCCGAGACCUCACAGAACAGGACGCCGGAGUGUGGACAUGUAUGGCCUCGAACCCACGUGGAAAGGACUUCAUCUCCGUCUCUCUUUCGGUAACAGACUGCAACUUCUCACCUACAACAUCUCUCACAAUUUCACUCAUUCUUUUCAUAGCUUCCUUCAUUCUCUUUGGAAUAGCAAUUUUGAUCUGUGUCUUCAAUAAGAAGAAAGGGCGCCAAAACGAAAAAGGCAAAUCUCCUUUCGAACUGAGCGACAAUAACAGCUUGCAGUACAACCAGGCACCGAUUUUGCCAAAACAAGGAGAUUAUAAGAUGCCGGAGUUUCUACAAAAUGAUCUGUCCAACGAAAGUUGAAAGACCGAACUCUGUUAGUUUAUAGGUUGUGCUGGAUUUAAAACGCCUUUUAUAUGUUUAUAACUGUUUGGCUUACGUGAAAGAAAUAUUUUUGAUAGAAAGAGAAAUGUAUGCGUAAAUUCACUAAAAUUUAAAGUUUGGUAUCAAUUUUUAAACCAUUUCUCCGCGAGAUGCAGUAACAUAUCGAAUGUAUAACUUGUUCAAAUUUAUACUAUAUCAUUGACU